UGUGAUUUCAUUACCUGAGUUGCAAACUAACUCCAGUAGAUUUAUUAUUACGGCUGCGUCCCUCCGCUUCGUGCUCCCAGCGUCUUCCGUUCGCGGCUCCUAUUGGCCGGCUGCGCUGAGAGAGAGACGGAGAGGGCUCCACAGCGCCACGCCGCGCAGCUCCGGGGAUCAUCUGGCGCAGAGAGAGAGCGCAAAGCUCGGCCGCCAGCAGCGCAGCGAGCCGCGGGGCUGGUGAGGGCGGAGGGAUGAUGUGAUGCGGGCGGCCCGGCUCAACGCUACGGGCAGGACUGGCACUUAAAAGCAGCGCUUGACACCGGCCCACUACUUUGUGUCUCGUCGUCGUGAGAAGGGAAGGGAGGCGCGGACAGCUGAGCGAAGCGCUCCAUCCUUGCGGUGUAUUUCUAGUCAGACAUGAUGUCAGUACAAACUCCGCCCCUCUCCCGUUCUGGCUCCACCCCCUCCACUGGGGGUCUGGCAAAUCGCAGUACACCCUCAGCCACCCCUCCCACCUCUCUGAGUCUUCGCUCAUCUUACAACCAGCUGCUUGGUCGCGACGUCAUCAAGGAGUCGAUGGAAACCGGGAGCUCGGCCACUUUGCCCAAGAGCCGUCAGAGGUAUGCCAUGACCACUGUGCGGAGUGCCAUGGGGAUAAGUGACAACUUUGCUCUGUCCUCUAAGUACCAACCAGUAACCAGAGGAAGAGGACUCCCAACCAAGUCCUCAUCCAGUUCUGCCCUCUACUCUUCCUCUUCUUCAUCCUCCUCCUCCUUCAACACAACUAACCCCAAACUAGCCAAGAAUGGAGCUAACAUGCAGAGGCGAGCUGAGAGCCAGCAGCUACAGCUGAGCAGGGCAAAUACUGUGGAGAAAAUUCACAAUGAUCUCUUCAAUAAUCCGACUUCAGAUUGGCUGGAGUUUGGGAAGGACAACUCUCAGCUUCCUCCGUUUCGUAGAAGAACCAAAAGCUUUUUGGAGUACCACGGCAAAUGCUGGGAUCUGGACCCCAGUUGGGAAAACAAAGAGGGGAAGGAGGAAGAGGAAGAGGAGAAGAAGCAGCUGCCUGCAUCCGAAAAAGAACAGGACAGCCCUGCCAAAGAAAGAGACAGUCAGAAGGAGGAGAAGACCAACUGCAAGCAAAACGGUCACGAGGAAAAGGAUAACGUGGAGUCUGUCGUGGAGGAAGAUGAGGAGGAAGAUGAGCCCACCCCAACGCCGAGACAGCCCCUACUGCCGGUAGUGGUUGAGGCGCCUCUUUCCUCCACCUCCUCCUCUUCUGCAAACAGCCCAGAAUGGGUGUCAGACAACCUCAACCACCUCCAGAAUCAAGCCCCAGCGCCAAUUCGAGAAGAGCUGUGUCCCCAAGUGCAAGCUAGUCCACGUAGUCCUGCAAAGCCAACUCGAACCUCCCAGCCCCGGGUGAUCAAAGUGGAGUUGCACCCCAACAACGAGAAUCAGUUUUUGCAACAAUACCCUCCAUUCUCCCCUAAGCAAGCCAGAGCUGCUGAAAAAAGCACCCCUACCAAGAAUUGGGUAUCUCCGCCCCUGCAGGAACCGGCGCCAGAGACGGGCCUUCCUAAAGUGGGCCUGAAAAUGGAUUUGACUCCUGACACACCAUCAGAGGAUGAAGACUCCAGCUGGACCACUCUGUCUCAAGAGUCACCCUCUCCACAGAGCCCAAAUGAGACAGCAGAUGUAUGGGCUGAAGGGGAUCUGCCCCCAGGCUGGCGGGAGAUCUCAGACUCAUCCGAAGUCUAUUUCUGGCACGUUCCCACCGGCACUACACAGUAUGACCGACCCGUUGCCUCUGGAAACCAAGAUACCACUUCUAGCAAUGCGCCAGACUCUGAGCAUGACCCACAAAAAGAAACACAAGACUCCCUUAAGCUACCAAAUGAGCGCCCGAGCAGUUUGAUAUCUGACAGCUCAGUGGAGCCGGUCCCUUCUCCGUCUGGUUCCUCCCCGUCCUCUUCCUCCUCCUCACCCUCCAAAGGCCUCUUCUCUCCCAAUCCAGUUCUCAGCACUACCACUCCCACAUCAAAAGACUUGAAGGACUAUCCAGUUUACCCAGAUCCCAGUCUUAAAGCAUUUGAAGGAGCUACACUCCGCUACGCCUCUCUUAAACUCAACCCUCCAGCUCAGCUUGAGACAGUGGACCUUAACAGCACAUUCUCCGAUCCAGAGGCAAUG